UUAAGAUUUUCUUAAACACACAUUAAAUAAUUGUGUUUCAAUUGUGAUACUUGGCAAGCCACUUGAUUAUAUAAAAAAUGAGGUGUUGGCAAUCAUAAUCAGCUGAUUGCAAAUUUUCUGAAAACUGGCGUUGUUGAUGGGUAGCGUGUUUUGUUUAUGAAGUGUUAAAUAGAAAUUCGGCAAAAUUACGGAGAAAAAGUUUAAUUCAAAAAUGCCGCCUGCUGCUGCGACGGCUGCUGCUCAAAAUAAUAAUGCUGCAAUUAAGGCCGAGCGUGCAGAGAAGCUACGUGAAGCUUUGAAAACCUUCAUAUUGCAGGAGCGGCGUAGAAAAAAAGAAGAAAUUGAAGCAAAACUUGAAGAAGAACGUAUACGAAAAGAACGUGAAGCAAGGCAACGUGAAAAUGAUAUGACGUUGGAGGAUACGCGUGGCCAAAUUUCCAAACUUGAUGAAAAGCUGACUGAAUUGCGAAAUCAAAAGCAGCAAUUGUUUCUUCAAUUAAAAAAAGUUUUGAAUGAGGAUGAAAAUCGUAAAAAGCAGCAAAAAGAUAAUGAAAUGUUAGCACUACAGGCUCAGCAAGCAAAUCCGCCACCUCAACAAUUUUCUACACCAAUGGUGCGAGUCCAACAUCAACAAAUGCCAAUUCUGCAAAAGCCUGUUGGUAACCAACCAGUAAAACGCGUCCGUAGUCCAUCACCACCUUCACACCAGACCUAUUAUAAAGGCCCUAAUUAUGCACAAUCAAAACAUGAUGAUGGACGUCGUGGGGCCGACUACGCCAGAGUUUUAUGGAAUAAACAUCCAACUCAGUAUCAAACUCCAGGAACGCUAUUCUAUCAGACGAAUAGCAAUGCGCCACCACCCCAACCAUUGCCAGAAGCACGUGGGCCGGCUAUUAUAUACCCCACUUAUAAUUUACCAAUGAGACAAGGUUAUCACUUGGAACUACAACCGUCUACUACAGUACCGGUUUCAAAAUCCGAUCCUUCACAAAAACCAACACAAGUGUAUCACAUAAAUUUAGAUCAACCACCUAUAUCUCAGACAGGCUCACAAAAUGCAGGAGUACAAUCACAAAAGCCACAAGUUACAAUGGAGAAAAUAUCUGAUAGAUAUCAUGUGGAGAUUGUUAAACAUGAGGGACCACCUGGGCAUGGACCACCACCUCAUCCACUACCAGAGGGUGUAGUUUAUUCAUCAAUGAUACCCGGCAUGACAUUACAUCCAAAUGUAAUGCAAAUAAGUGGUAACCCAGGACAGAAUCAGAAAUCUGCAGGAAAUUAUGCACCAGGUCGUGGUCCUGCACCGACUCACGAACAACAGUUAGCUCGGCAGCAGCAAAUGGGUGUAAUGCAGGGUCAACCUGGUCAACAACAACAGCCGCAACAAAUGCAUUUUCCACGUCGUAUGUUUUAAAAAAUAUAAAUUUCUUAUUUGUUAAAAAAUUACAGAGUAAUUUUGAGUUUAAAA